AUGAACGUGAACAGUCCCAGAAUCCCUCGCGCUCCCCCAGCACAGAACUGCCGACAUGAAAUAUAUUGCUCAGGUGAAGUCCUGCAGCAAGUGCAAAAGGCAAAACUGUUUGAUGUUGACAAAUACCUUCUUUUCACAGACUCUUUAAUUGAAUCAUUCAUCAUCACAAUCCCAUCUGCCAAACUGCAAUAAUUCCUAAGCAUGUACUUUGAAGAACCAGGGAAAGAAUUUGAGCCAUGGACCCCUCCAGACUGGCAUGACAAACCAAAGUUGCUGGACAGAAUAACGGAUCAACAAUUGCACAAUUGGGCUGAAAAGCUCCAUCAUUUGUGGAAGGCUCUCAGAAGAAAGCUAUUCCCAGAUGUGAGAGACCACCCAGAGAUGUACACACAGAUAUAUACCCCCCCUUCUGUCAUUGUGCCAGGAGGGCGCUUCAGAGAAUUGUACUAUCGGGACUCCUACUGGGUCAUCGAUGGACUACUCCUGUCAGAGAUGACAGACACAGUCUACGGUAUGAUUCAGAACUUCCUUGUUCUUGUCAAGUGAUCUGGCUCGGUGCCAAACAGUGGGAGGAUUUACUACGAAAGGAGAAGUCAGCCACCAUUUCUAACUCUUAUCAUGGAGAGCCUCUAUCAAGCCACCAAGGAUAUGGAGUUCCUCAGAGCAGCUUUACCAACCCUGGAUCAGGAGUACCUGUUUUGGAUAAACAACCGUUGAGUUUCGGUGGAAGUAAAGGGGAUAAAGCUGAAUUGGUAUUAUCUACUGGUGGGCUCACCCAGGCCUGGGUCCUACACAGAUGCUGAUGAGCUAGCUGAAGGACUCACAGAUGAUCUUAAGGAGCAGAUGUGGUUGGACCUGAAGGCUGGGACGGAGUCCGGCUGGGACUUCUCCUCUCGUUGGUAUGUGAACAAGCAAGGCCACAACAACGGCACCCUCCGAGACACCCGCACCAGUCAAAUCCUGCCUGUUGAUCUCAAUGCGCUGCUGUGCCGCAACGAGAGAAUGCUGGCUUCAUUUCACCGGAUCCUGGGUGAGCACUGAGCAGCUGCGAUGUAUGAGGGCGCCUGGUUUGACUACAACCUGAUAACACGUUCAAGCCACUUGGACUUUUACCCCUCCAACCUAUCACCUAUUUGGGCCGACUGCUUCUCACAGGGCAAAGCAGUUCAGCAUCUGAAGGAGAGUGGCGCUCCUCAGUUCCCCAAUAGAGUGUCACCAUCCCUGAGAGAGACUGGGCAGCAGUGAGACUACCCCAAUGCAUGGCCCCCUUUACAGCGCAUGCUAACUGAUGGUUUAGCUAAGCUGCCCUCAGUGGCAUUUGAUUUGGCCCAGCGGUGCAUCAGGACAAAUCGGUUGGCGUGCACCAGGUAUGGCGCUGUGUUUGAAAGGUAA